AUGUUUAAUAAAUCAGUGUAAUCUAAUAGAAACUUGCUAUCUGGUUAACUUCAUAGAAUAAUAUUGAACAAAUAAUCAUAAAGAGAUGAGAUUGAUCAAAUUUAAAAAAAGAAUUCAUUAAAAUAUAAGUUAAGAGAGUAAAUUAAACUUUAGAAGAGCAAUAACCACUUUAACGCAAGGAAUUCAAUGGAUGGUUUAGAAUCGGUUUUUAGAGUGGAUACAAGCAAAAAGAUAAAAAGCCCAGUCAUUGUGAUACCAAAUAGAAAGAUUUUUGUAUCUAGCAAAAAUAGUAGAAGGAGUCAUUAAUCAGCUAGUUAAGAACCUGGCCAAUCAAUGCCAGGAGUUAAGAAAUCUAUUGAAUGUGGCUAUCGAAUAUUAGUGAAUAGAUCUUCUAGAAUUCCUACACUAUAGAUGGAUGAAGAAUUGACAAAGGAGUAAUCAAAAAUAAUUAUUUCAAAAGACCCUGUUUCCUUUACUGAUUGGGUUGAGAGGAUUUAUGGUAAAGGAUGGUUUUAUUGA